AUGGGGGCAGUGGAGCGCCCGGAGAUGGCCGGCGGGUUUGCCGACUUCGAUGCUGGUCACCGGGAUCUGGUAGCUGUCACCAAGUUCAACUUUUACGGAAAUCGGCUUGUCACGGCAUCGUCAGAUCAUCGCAUGAAAGUGUGGGACCUCAAGGAUGGCCAAUGGCAGCUGAUGGAUACCUGGCGGGCUCAUGACGCCGAGAUUCGCGAUGCAACAUGGAAUGGGCCCUUUACAGGCCAGCAUAUUGGCAGCGUGGGAGAAGACAUGCGUCUCAAGAUCUGGCAGGAGGAUGUAACGCAACCGCCUAAUUCAGGGCGACGGUUCAGAUCCAUAUUUCGCUUGACAGCACCUCAGCGACACCCAUUUGUGUCACUGGACUUCCGCAAUAUUGACUUGGAGUCGUGGCUGGCUGUUAUCACCCGAGAUGGCUACCUGAUGGUCUUGGAGCCUGUCAGCCCAGAUAGCUUGGCGGACUGGCAGACUAUCGACCAGUUCCGGGUAUGCUCAGCUCCUGAACGUGGCGAGGAGACAAGCUUCAGAGUUCAGUUCCAUCACGACCCGACCGAUAUCACACAUACGCUUCUCCCAGACUCUGACCGAAAGAGUUUGUCGCUUGUCGUGGCAGCCAUGGACACAGUCAAAGUGUAUCGCACCGACGCAAACCGACGCUUCUACCAUGCCAUCGAACUGAACGGACAUGGCGGUCUCGUCAGGGACAUCUCUUGGUCCAACGGAUCUGUACGAGGCUAUGAUCUCAUCGCGAGUGGCGGCAAGGAUGGACUUGUUCGCAUCUUUGAAGUUUAUACAACCGCCGCCAACCAAGGAUCUCAAACUCCCAGUUCUCGGAAGGCUGAACGGCGCCAACAGCAGUCAUCAUCUGUACGAGCGACAUCGCAGUCGGGUAUAGGGACCGCUCUGGCAAACCGUGCGCCCGCUACAGCCUCCAGCCGCCAGUCCAGUGGGGAUUCUCAGUUCCGCCAUUCGUUUAAGCAAGUGGCUUGUAUUGACAGCAAGCACAUCGAUGUGUGGCAGGUGGACUUUUCGUUUGCCGGUGAUUCUUUGAUUUCCUCCGGUGACGAUGGCGCAGUUCGGUUCUGGAAGAAGUCUUUAUCAGGGGAGUGGCUUGAGUUCGCGGAAACCGACAUGGCAUCUCAGUGA